CUUUUGUAGUUUCAACAAAAGAUUCGCCUGCGAAAUGGCCUACUCCAGUUUUAAAUUUAGAAAACCCUGAGUGAUACCUAAAUCCAGCAUAUAAAAGACUACAACUAAAAAAAAUUACUCAAAUCAUCAUCUUAAAGUGAAACCAAUAAAUAUGUUUCAGUUUGACAUUCCAACCACAACACCAGCAGUAAUAGAUACUGAACGUCCUGACGUAACACUGACACAACAGGUACACAAUGGCGGCUUGAGUGUCUUUGACAGAAAAGGAGAAAAUUAUUCGGAUUUGGCCAUAGCAGUGACGCGUUCAGUGGCAGCCACAAUUUACGAAAUGUGUACUGAGUCGUUGUACAACAACUGCAGUGAAGUCAAUGGAACUGCAAACAACACACAUCCAAUACCCGCCGAUGACAUAUCCUUUAUUCUGCCAUGGUGGCGACAAGUGCUCUGGAAUAUACUCUUUGUUGGGAUGGUUAUUGUCGCAACUGGCGGUAAUUUAAUUGUGGUUUGGAUUGUGUUAACAACAAAGCGAAUGCGUACUGUAACGAAUUAUUUUAUAGUAAAUCUUUCCAUUGCUGAUGCCAUGGUAUCCAGUUUGAAUGUAACUUUCAAUUACAUUUACAUGUUGGACAACGACUGGCCAUUCGGAGAGCUUUACUGUAAAAUUUCACAGUUCAUAGCAACAUUAAGUAUAAGUGCAUCAGUGUUUACGUUAAUGGCGAUCUCAAUUGACAGAUAUAUUGCAAUCAUGAAACCAUUGCAACCACGUAUGAGCAAGCGUUGCAAUUUAGCUAUUGCUGCAGUUAUAUGGAUUGUUUCUGCGAUAAUAUCCUGUCCAAUGUUGCUGUUUUUCACUACAGGCGAAACAACUUCACAAGAUGGUAUACGCACUGUUUGUUAUACUGAAUGGCCUGAUGGCCCAACAAAUCACUCCGAACUGGAGUACAUCUAUAAUAUUCUAUUCAUGAUAUUGACAUACUUUUUGCCGAUCAUAUCAAUGACAGUCACCUACUCACGUGUAGGCAUUGAACUUUGGGGCUCGAAAGCUAUUGGUGAAUAUACCCCACGACAAGUCGAAAAUGUGAAGGGGAAACGUAGGGUUGUGAAAAUGAUGAUGGUUGUGGUAUUGAUAUUCGCUGUUUGUUGGCUACCGUUUCAUGCUUAUUUCAUUGUAACAUCCUGCUAUCCAGGAAUUACUAAAGCACCUUAUAUACAAGAAUUGUACUUAGCUAUAUACUGGUUAGCCAUGAGUAAUUCUAUGUACAAUCCUAUUAUUUACUGUUGGAUGAAUUCAAGAUUUCGUUAUGGCUUCAAGUUGUUUUUCCGCUGGUGUCCGUUUGUCCAUUUGGGCGCUGAAAAUUUGAAUCGACGCGAUAAUUUGACCUCACGUUACUCCUGUUCCGGUUCACCAGAUCAUAAUCGUAUCAAGCGAAAUGACACACAACGAUCUUUUCUAUCCACAUGUCCAGGUUCGCCGAAAAGUCGACGCAUAUCACAUUGUGAUUUUUUAACUAACGAUGAAAAAAUGCCACAGGCGAUUCCAAACCCAAUGGGUAACGCUGACGACGAAGCCGCUACUGUAACGGAGGCACCGUUGCCUUGA